UCCAUUCGGCAACAAACUCUUCACUGGGAAUCAGAUUUGUGCGAGGGCUGAGACAGAUCAUGAUGCUGGCUGUUUUAUUUCUGUCAGGGACCCUGACAGCUGCUGCCGUGGAAGGGAAGAAGGCAGACGCUGGGAGCAAAUACAUGUCCGUCGUAUAUUCACCUCCAGAACCCAGGAUUGCUAUCUUUGGUGAGCUGGACGAGGAGACUAUUGCCGAUAUAAGUUGCACAGCCGUGUCACACGUCCCCACGUUCCAGCCCAUACUGGUGUGGAAUGUGCCCUGGGAGGCCAACUACAGUACAGAGGAACAUGGAGAUAAAACCUUCACAGCAACAAGCAUCAUGCAGGUCACUCUGAAAAAGGAGCACGACGGAUUAAACAUCACCUGCUUUUCCAGCUACCCUGUGAAGCCAGGGACAAAGAGCAAGACAGCAGAGCGCACUGUGAUGCUCAAUGUUUCAUACUCUCCCAGGGAUACUUCGGUGUCGGUCAGUCCCAGUUAUCCCGUGUCUGUGGACAGCUUGGUGACUCUAACUUGCACGUCCACAGCACGCCCUCAUGCCUAUUAUUUUGUGUGGUACAUGAUCAAUGCUGGCAGGCUGGAAAAAUUGGACAUUGACUCGGAGGUUAACAGCUUUCAUGCCACCGAGAAGAAACCAUCUGGUGGAGUCAGUGAUGUCCAAGUUGUAGUGAAGACCCUGGGGAUCGUAAUGCUCGUCAGCACCGUGUUGAUCUUUGAGUGGUGGUUAAGAACAAGAUUUUCCACCAAACCAGUGAAGAAAGUGAGGCUCAUGGCAGCACUGUGUGUGAAUACUGGGACAGACAACAUGUUACUCAUUGUCCUCUUUCUGUCAGGUGCUGUUUGUAACAAAGUAGGCCUGUCCAUUAAUGCAAGACAAAACCUGGAAGGACUGAGUGGCUCCUGUUUGCAAAUCCCAUGUCAAUUUAAUCCCAGCACAGAUGUCGAGGACAAAUUCAGCAACACAAGACCUGUUUCAGCAGUGUGGAUGAAAACGGACCCAAGAUUUAGCAAAUUUAAAGAAAAUGUCGUAUUUAAUACUAGUAAUGCAGUUAAUAGCUAUCCAAUGAAGAUUGUUGGAAACCUGAGUGAGAAAAAUUGUGACACUAUAUUUUACAAUUUGACUGUACAUUACAGAGACAAAUAUUUCUUUAGAAUUGAAAACAGGCCAUUCUUGGCAACGGCUACUGAUGAUCCUGUUCACAUAACAGUUAAAGAUUCACCUCCAGCCCCGAGAAUUAAUAUCUCAGGUGAGCUGAUGGAGGACAAGCUUCUCACCAUAACCUGCUCAGCCGCCACCCCCUGUCCACAGUCUCCCCCUGCACUGACGUGGAAUAGGCCAUGGAGGAACAACCCGGGAAAAAUAGAAAAUAAAGACAGAACCGUUACAACUACAAACCAGAUGAACAUCACUCUGUCAGAGGAGCACGAUGGAUUAAACAUCACCUGCUCUGCCAGCUACCCUGUGAACACAAGGACAGAGAACAGGACAGCAGAGCACACUGUGACGCUCCACGUUUCAUAUGCUCACAGCGUGCUGAUCUCUGUCCAACUGUCCUCAGACUCCCCUAAGGACACCAAAGUCACCAUUAGUCCUGGUGCUGCGGGGCCGCUGAGCCUGGGCACCUGGGUGAACAUGACCUGCUCCAGCAGAGCCAACCCUCCCGUCAAUCGUUUCACCUGGUUCAAGAGCAACGAAACUGGCAUCUUCUAUCUAUCUGAUGGUGAUUUUUACAGCUUCAAUGUGACCAGUGUUGACAGUGGAGGACUUUAUUACUGUGUGGCCACGAAUCAUGUUGGUAAUCAGACAUCACGACAGAUUCACUUGACUAUUGAAGGAUCAGAAACACCUGAGGGCCCUCAAAACCUUUACACAAUUCUCGGAGUGAUUACAGGGAUUAUUUUACUACUGUGCCUGGUGGCCUUUGCUUUGUGGUUGAAGUCAAUGAAUAAAACAGCACAGGCACAGAACCAAGUAGGUGAAGAACCAGUCAGCCAAGCUGAAGGAGAGGAAGACAUCCAUUAUGGAGAGAUCGACUUCUCCAAGCUGCAGCCCAAAGUGUCUGCUGACGGAGCGCAGGCCCAGGGAGAGCAGCAGGACACGGAGUAUGCAGAGGUCAAAGUGGCUCUGCAAGCAAACACCCCGACACAGACAGAUAAAGUCCCAGAGGACAUCUACGCUCAAGUGAAGAAGAGACACUGAGUGCACUAACAUGUGCAUUAUUAACACAUACUGUCAUUAUUAUUCUUAUUGAUAGGCAAUGAUUACAGUUCUUACUUUUCUCAGGUUGCAUGGGGCAUGAGCUCAGUUUCCAUGGUGACAUUCAACUGUGUAUUUUCGUAUUUACAGUGAUAUUCACAAUAGGCUGUGAACACACUCACUGUCGAUUUAUAUACUUGAAAUAUUGUUUUCUACUCAGAUUGCAGACAUGAAAUGAACAUGUCAUCAGUCAUGUGCCAUAUGUGUAGUAUAGUCAUAUAUUAUAUACAGGUGUGUAUCAUAGUAGUGCAGCAAUAAGUUUAAAUAGUUUUCUUUUUCUUUUUAUGUUUGUGGAUAGAAAUUGACACAUCCAGAAAUUGUUUUUGACCAAGCAUUGCUAGUUUAUUUAUGCAUCAUGAUUUCUCUUCAGCUUACAAUUAGGCUACUUGCACUGCAAAGGUGAAUAUAAAGAGCCAACACUGUGUCUGAAUUUCAGGUUAUUUAUUCAUUGCACAGUAAUAAAAAACUUGACA